AUGGCUUCUGCAACAGAAGAAUUUCAAUAUUUUCACGAUUCGGCCAGUGCGGCAUCGACUCUUGACUCCAGAUGUUCGGAUAAGACAAUACGAAUGGAUGAGUUUCCCGAUUGGAUAGUGCCGAUCGAGUUAGGCCAAAGCCGCGAAUACACACAGAUUCGACAGGAGCUUUAUGACUCCGAGAAAUCGUAUCUCGGAUAUUUAUGCAUUCUGCAAAAGCUUUUCGUGAACCCAAUCGGCAAGUUGCCCAAGCUGGUGCAUCGAUCUGAGGCGAGAACGCUUUUCGGAGAUCUAACCAGUAUCUUUAUGACUAAUAAGGAGCUUCUAAUCACACUGCGAUCAAAACCAACUGUUCACGAGGCUUUCUCACAAAUCGUUCCAUUUCUCAAACUCUAUGCCUCUUAUGCAGGAAACUAUCAGAACUCGCUGAAAGUUUAUUCGAAGUUAAUGGCCAAAACUGAUUUUCGAACGUUUAUUGAAAGUCAAGAAAGCGACCCGAGAUUGAUGGGAAUCAAAUUCCAAGCACUUCUCAUCAUGCCGAUUCAGAGAAUUCCAAGGUACAUUUUACUCCUCCAGCGCCUUCGUGACACCACAGCUCGACCGAAAGAAAGGAACGAAUUGAAAAGAGUAAUCGCUCAAAUGGAGGAUCUCACCUUUCUGAUCGACUCAUGCAUUGCCGAGUUUGAGAACGGGGAAAAGUUAUGGGAUAUUCAAGAGUCUCUUGGUUUGAAAGAAGGCAUUGUCGCGCCCGGCCGACGUCUUCUCAAAGAAGGUUCACUCUUCAAGAGAAACAUGUGUGGAGAGGCCACAUAUCACGAGCGCUACUUCUGGAUCUUCAACGACAUUUUGGUCUACGGAAAACGGAGAAUUGGAAUGGGGCCACGUUUCGAGUGCAGUUGCAUCUUUCAGCUUCGCCAUGUGCAAAUGACCUACAUUGAGCUGGAGGGAGCUAUUCAGAUCAAAUGCAAGAAUCACUCUUUGUCGUUGACGUCAGAUGCUUAUGAAACGAUUGUGAAUUGGAAUGAAGUGAUGUCAGAAGCCAUCGAACGAGUGAAAGUUCUACGAAAAACCCUGCGCAAAGAGAGUUCACUACAGCCGGUGAAAGAAUUCAAAACUCAAAUCCGAAAACGUUUCACGAAGAAAUUCGUCAAUACUACCUAUGUCUACAAGAUGGGCGAGUCAAAGAAACGGGAAGAGAAACUCAAAAAGAAAUGGGCUGACGUGCUCGCCUCACCAUCAGAUAUCAACUUGUUCUCUUCACCUUUUCGAUCAAAACAAGGAACAUCAAAGAUCGCACAAAAAGAAGAAAAUCAUGCGGAAGAGAUGGAAAUUAGAGAAGAAUCUACACUAAUCAAGAAAGAAUUCGAAUCACCGAGAAAACGAAGAGCUCCCCAACCGAAGAGUCCUUAUGAUGAUGAGUUGCGGGCAGCUUUAAGGAAAAGAAGAGCGGCGAAUGGAGAACCGAUGGCGAAAAGUGAUACGCCCGAUCGGCCGAUUGUCUUAGAAGAAGACUUUGGGUCGAGGAGAGCUUACGAUAAAGAGAAAAGACAGGAGGAAGAAGAAAUCAACUAUCGAGUGCUGCCAAAAGAAAAGGAUGAGCCAAAAACGGUGCUCAACACGCUCCAGAUUCGGAAAUAUUCGUACAUGGAACACUCCCCACCAAAGCGAACAAGUGUCUUUGAGCCGGAUAAUAUGAACGAUUCGCAGGAUACAGAAAACGCUGAAGAUCAAGGAAAUGAGCAACCGCCAACUAAAGUAAAAAAGGUGCCUUGGUGGGUGGAAGAAGCACAGCCGGCCGAGUUCCGAAACAAUAACAAACGGAGUGGGCUUGUUGCGAGUGCUUGCAGUAUUCUG